AGGAAGGUCCGUCGACAAUUCUUCUUAUGACCAGAAUGAGUCGCCGACGGAACGAUUGCGGAAGCGGAAGAUGAAGCACAAGAUUGACUGUGAUUGCUGAUUGCUGAUUGCUGAAGAGGGGAGAUGAUAUAUCAGUAGCGCGUGUAUCCUCUUGCUGGAAGCUCAUAACUACUAAUCUGACAAUGUCCUAUCGAAUCCUCGUUGGCUCAUACACCAAUGAAAUAUACACGUUGACAUUCGAUCCCACUUCACCAUCGCUGACGCUCGUCUCGACUCUCACUGUCGGCCACCAUCCAUCAUGGAUCACUCCCCACCCUACGGACGGAUCCCUCGUAUUCGCAGGACUAGAGCAACCAGAUGGUAAAGUCGUCGUAGUCAAGUAUGAGGCAGAUGGACAAGGGACGCUUAUUGGUGAGGUUCCAAGCGGAGGGGCAGACCCAUGCACGCUGCUCGCAGUCGGGACUGAACUGCUCAUCGGAAAUUACUCUAGUGGCACAUUCACGACCAUACCUCUUAUCCCCGAGCCGCCGCAUCUGCAGGCGUCGAAGAGCAAGACUGUCACGUUCAUAGGCUCCGGUCCGAACAAAGAACGGCAGCAGACAUCGCAUCCGCAUCAGGUCGUAUUUCAUGCGUCCCAUGCGGAGUUGCUCAUCCCCGACCUAGGCGCAGACCUCACGCGACGGUUCACCAAGAACUCCGACGGCGGGUGGAAUCCCUCUGGUAACGUGAGCUUCAAAGCUGGAAGCGGGCCCCGGCACGUCGCCCUCUACAAUGGCGUCAUGUACACCGUGCUGGAGCUGACCAACGAGGUCACUGCACACAUCUUCCCUCCCGUCCCCGCAGAGCCCACACUGGUCGCAUGUCUGUCGACGAUGCGCAAUGUCGAGCCGAACAUGUUCGCAGCAGAGAUUCUCGUCUUGCACCCUACCGAGAAAUUCUCCACACCGUAUCUGUACGUGUCUAACCGCGACGACUCAUCGCCCAAGAACGACGUCAUCUCCGUCUUCUCGCUUGCGAACCCGCAGAAACCCGAGCGUGUGGCGGAGGUUCGCUCGGGGCUGCGCCAUCUGCGAGGUAUGGCGUUCGGCGGCCCCGACGAUCGAUGGCUCAUUGCUGGUGGUGUGCAUGGAGGCGGAGUGAAGGUCCUCGAGAGGGUCGAUGGAGGCAAGGGACUCAAGGAGAUUGCAUCCGUGGAGCUGGAAGCUCCGACCUCUUUCCUGUGGAUGUGAAUGUAUUUUGAUGAAAACACGGCACCCGUUUAUAUUCGGACGAAGAUGCUCGUGCCUCUCGGGUACAUGCCGCGUCCGCUAGCGUCCCAGGAUGCAUUGGAAGCAGGUCAUCUGACAGGAGGUACGUUCGCAGGUCGAUGUUAGCGUGUGAUAGGCAUGGAUGAGGGCGCGAGGAAACCUGGAACGUGAAGAAUGUUCAGCGCAAGUCUAUCGGGAACUUUACAGACUAUCUUUAGCAUCUCACAGGUGAGGUCACAAUGCAUAGCAUGUCAUCAUGAAGCAGAUGACAUCCGAUUAUAUCGCAAGGCACCACAUCUUGUGGAGGACGU